AUGGGGAAACCUCCUCCCAGCGUCUCGCCUAUUCAUGGCGGCGACCCUGCGGGGAUGACUACAAGCUGGUGCCGAAACACAGGGAAUCCUCGGGCCUCCACCCUGCUCACAUUAAAGCAGGGAAAGGGCCGCGAUACCGAAGUCCGGCUGGAUCGAGAGCAUCCCGCGCAGGGGACCACCGUUUCCGUAAAGCAAGCCGAACUCACCACCACCGAAUCCUAUUACAAGGAUGAACUCAAUCAAAACAUCAGCUCUGGGGAAGGUGAGAAAAGGAAGAUGAGUUUUGAGCUCUCCCUGGGAAUCGGGAAUCAGACACAGGUGGUGGAAUUUGUCCUCCUGGGUUUCUCUGGAAUUCUGUAUGGUCACACAUAUCUCGCCUUGGCAUUCUUGGCCAUCUACUUGGUCACGGUACUGGGGAACCUGAUGAUAUUUACUAUGAUUCAACUGAAAUCCAGCCUCCACACCCCCAUGUAUUAUUUUCUCAGCCAUCUCUCCUGCUUAGAUAUGUGCCUCUCCUCAGUCACCGUCCCUAAGAUGCUGGUGAACCUCCUGCUCCAGCAACAGACCAUCUCCUACAACCAGUGCAUGGCCCAGAUGUUCUUCCUGAUCUCUUUCACAGCAGUAGAGGCUGCACUGCUGGGUGUCAUGGCCUACGACCGCUACACUGCCAUCUGUAAACCUCUGCAUUACUCCCAUCUCAUGAACACCAAGGUGUGCACCGUACUGGCCUUUGCCACUUGGGUCUGCGGUUUCUUAAACUCUGCUCUGCACACGGCUCUAAGCACCAGGUUGGACUUCUGUGGAAUCAACCAGAUUCAUCACAUUUUUUGCGAUCUCCCUCCACUGAUGAAAAUGGCUUGCAGUGACACACACAUCAAUGGACUGGCAGUCAACAUAGUAGGAUUUUUUAUGGGUGGGGGCCCACUACUGUUUAUUAUUUUCUCAUACAUCUCUAUCCUGUCCUCCAUCUUGAAGAUUCAGUCCACUAUCGGCAAGCGCAAAGCCUUUUCCACUUGUGCGUCUCACCUCAUGGUUGUCUUCAUCUACUAUGGAAAUGCACUACUGAACUAUGAGAGGCCAAGUGCUGGUUACUCCUUGGCGACCGGCACUUUGCUCUCCAUCAUGUUCUGCAUCAUCACCCCAAUGCUCAACCCCCUCAUCUACAGCCUCCGCAACAAGGAGGUGAAAGAGGCCCUCAAGAAGGCCACGGAAAUCUGGAGGCCAUCUAAACACCAUCGCUCUCUGUUAGGGCACGUUUCUCCAGAAUGGUGUGAACUCUGGGAUUAA